GCCCGAGGGUGGUCUGCACCCCGACAGUAAACAGGGACCUAAUCAGGAAUCAAUUAGCUGGCGGUGGUGCACACCUGCCAUCCCAGCACUCAGGAGGCUGAACCAGGGCGGUCACUGAGAGUUCUAGCCCAGGCUGGGCUAUGUCAGGGCUGGGGGAGAUCAGUUUCCUGGGUUUAAGACAAGCCAACUGUGCCUGCCUGUGGGGUGUCUAAGGAGACCCUCAGGACAAAACAGCACGGGGAGGACACACAGGCCCCCGGGCCGCAGCUCCUCUCACAGGACAAUGUGUCCGAAAGCCCUUGAGAUGGGGUGAGGGUGGGACCUGCGUCCCCCUGGGGCAGAACCCAGCCCGACAGGAUGAGCAGAUAAAGUUUUAUUGGAACCCAGCCAUGCCCGCUGUCUCAGCUCUCAGACUGCGCCAGCUGCCACACAGCCUGGGCAUGCGACUGCUCGCUGACCCUCUGCAAUGAGUUUUCAGACCCUGACUAAGCAGCACUCACGUGGCUGGGGGUCCCAAGGCUGUGGGAGCUGAUCUGCCGCUCCAAACCCAGUGCCUCUUUGGGCUCAGAGCUCCCCGCCCACCAGGGUUCAACUCCCAGGCUGCUGGUCUUGACAGCAGGACAAACAAGGAUAAAGGUUCAAGGAACAAUGACAGAGGUGUGCGACAGGGGACAGCAGAAGCCCAUCGAUCAGCCUCACCUCUGUGACCAGCGCAGGGCCAGCUGGGAUAUGUUCCUGGUGCUGGCCAAGGCCAGUCCUUCCCUGGGGCCCCAGGUGGCAGUCUGGGCGCAGACCAUGGCCUACCAGCUGCAUGUGGCCCCGCCGGAGGCCCUGCUCAAGCCGCUCUCCGUCCCUAGCCGGCUUCUCCUGGGCCCUGGCCCCUCCAACCUGGCUCCCCGUGUCCAGGCAGCCAGCAGCCUGCGGAUGAUUGGGCACAUGCACAAGGAGAUAUUCCAGGUCAUGGAUGAGAUCAAGCAGGGCAUCCAGUACGUCUUCCAGACCAGGAACCCUCUCACACUGGCUGUCAGCGGCUCGGGACACUGCGCCCUGGAGACAGCCCUGUUGAACCUCCUGGAGCCAGGGGACUCUUUUCUGGUCGGGGCCAACGGCGUAUGGGGGCUGCGGGCUGCAGACAUUGGGGAGCGAAUCGGAGCCUCUGUGCACCCCAUGAUCAAGGAGCCUGGAGGCUACUACACACUGCAGGAGGUGGAGGAGGGCCUGGCCCAGCACAGGCCGGUGCUGCUGUUCCUGACCCACGGGGAGUCCUCCACCGGGGUGCUGCAGCCCCUGGACGGCUACGGGGAGCUGUGCCACAGAUACCAGUGCCUGCUGCUGGUGGACGCCGUGGCAUCCCUGGGCGGGGUCCCCAUCUACAUGGACCAGCAAGGCAUCGAUGUCCUCUACUCCGGCUCCCAGAAGGUGCUCAACAGCCCCCCGGGCACCUCGCUGCUCUCCUUCAGCAACAGGGCCAAGCACAAGGUCUACACACGCAAGACGAAGCCCGGCUCCUUCUUAAUGGACAUCAGGCUACUGGCCAACUUCUGGGGCUGUGACGAUGAACCCAGGAUGUACCAUCACACCACGCCCAUCGUUGGCCUGUACAGCCUGAGGGAGAGUCUGGCACUCAUGGCAGAGCAGGGCCUGGAGGCUAGUUGGCGGCGACACCGUGAGGCCAUGGCGUACCUGCACGGCCGUCUGCAGGGCCUGGGCCUGCAGCUCUUCGUGAGGGACCCGGCAGCUCGUUUGCCCACGAUCACCGCUGUGGUUGUGCCUGCUGGCUACAACUGGAGGGACAUUGUGGACUACGUCAUGGACUCCUUCAGCAUCGAGAUCACGGGCGGCCUGGGCCCCUCCGCAGGGAAGGUGCUGCGGAUUGGCCUGCUGGGCUGCAACGCCAGCCAGGAGAACGUGGACCGCCUGGCUGAGGCCCUGAAGGAGGCCCUGCAGCGCUGUCCCCGAAAUAAGCUGUGACACUGCCCCUGAGCCUCCCUGGCCUGGGAUACAAAGAAGCCAGCAGGCCGUGUGGCCCCUAGGCCUGAGGCCAGGAGAGCUGUGCCUGACUCUUCUCGCCCCAGCGGGGCCACUGGAGAAGGACUCACUGUGCUUUCCACAGAGCUGCUGUCUCUGUGGCCACUGGCCUCUGGGGACAUUCAAUAAACCACUGGCCAGCAUC